UUGAAGCAAAAGUCAGCACGUUACAAGGAAAUAGCUACAUCCUUCUGUUACGUGGUGCUCUCCAAAUACUUGCAAUGUUGGGAUUGUGUUUCUUCAUUUGUUUUGUGGCAUACUGUGUGAAAGCAGGUCAGGAAUGCCCUAAAUUCACAGAUCUUAAUUUUGGCAAUGCUGUUAUUGGCACAGAUCUGAAGGUACAACUGCUCUUGUACACAAGAAGAAAUCAAAACUGUGCUGAGCUUCUCAAUGAACACAAUGUGACAACUUCUACACAUCUUAAUGUGACCAAGAACACUGUUAUUAUCAUCCAUGGCUAUAGAUUUACAGGUUCUCCCCCAGUAUGGAUUGAUAGAAUUAAAAAUCUUCUGCUUGAAAAAGAAGACUUCAACAUCAUUAUAGUAGAUUGGAAUCGGGGUGCAACAACACUGAGUUAUUUUAGUGCUGUUGCUAGUGCCAAGAAAGUGGUAUACAGCUUAAAGGAUUUUAUUGAUCAGAUGUUGGAGAAUGGUGUUUCUUUUGAUUCUGUUUAUAUGAUUGGUGUAAGCCUUGGGGCUCAUAUAUCUGGAUUUGUUGGGAAGGCAUACAGUGGCAAAAUUGGAAGAAUUACAGGUCUUGACCCAGCAGGCCCAUUAUUUACCAGAAAGUUGGCUGAUGAGAGACUGGAUCAUACUGAUGCCCAGUUUGUGGAUGUCAUUCAUACUGAUACUGAUGGUUUUGGCUUCAAGGAGCCUUUGGGAAACAUUGAUUUCUAUCCAAAUGGAGGAACAGAUCAACCUGGAUGUCCAAAAACAAUAUUUAGUGGAUCAGCGUAUUUCAAAUGUGAUCAUCAGAGAUCUGUUUUUUUGUAUAUGUCAUCCUUACAACAGAAUUGUGAUAUAACUGCGUAUCCUUGUGAAUCAUAUAUGAAUUACAGGAAUGGAAAAUGCAUGAGCUGUGAUUUUAAAUCACUUCCAUGCCCAAUAUUAGGGUAUUAUGCUGAUAAAUGGAAGGACCAGUUAUUGGAAAAGGAUCCUCCUAUGACAACAGCUUAUUUUGAUACUUCAGACAAAGACCCAUUUUGUAUGUAUCAUUACUCUUUGGAUAUUAUUACUUGGAAUAAAAGUACUAGGAGAGGUUCCAUAAAUAUCAAAAUAACAGAUAAUUCAGGAAAUACGACAGAAACCAGAAUUAAUAGUGAUGCAGUUGAAUUUCAACAAUAUAGGCAAGCCAAGAUACUUGCUGGAUUUAAUCUGGAUUUUGGAACCAUUUCAACAAUUGCCUUGACAUUUUCUACGAAGAAUACAGUGGGCCCAAAGUACAAGCUUAGGGUUCUUGAAGUGAGAUUAAAAUCACUUUCACAUCCAGAAAGAAUCCAUCUAUGUAGAUAUGAUUUAAUACUUGUGGAAAAUGUUGAAACAACUUUCAGACCUAUCCCAUGCCAUGGCUGAAUAUGCAUGACAGUUGAUUCUUUCACAAUAUUGUAUGCAAGAAGUAAAAGAUAGCAACAUGAACUGGUAAAAAGUUGAACUAGCUUCCUUCAAGAAAGUUAAUUUGCCAACAUUAUGACAACCUUUGAAAAUCACAGAAUGAACUUCUAAAAGAAAUUCAGAUAUUUUUCAUGUGCUUAAUUGUGUAUGAUAUUAGCAAUCAAUUUCUAAUUAACAAGCACUAAGUGCUGUGAAUUAUCUUUUGAGAAGACUUUGAUUUCAGUCUUAUGCACAAUGAUGCUGACAUACCAUUGAAAUUAAUAGUAAUAUCUUCAUCACUAAAUGAAGGAUCAUAGCACAUUAAAAUAUAUGUGUCAAUACUUUUAUAUUAGACAGAUCUAAUACUUUAUUAUGUGAAUUUGAAAUGCUACAAAUUAGAGAAAUAGACAGGUUGAGAUCAGGCUUGAGCACAUGAACAAAGAUUCUCAUUAGUUGGGAGUCCCUGUUCAUAAUGCCACCUACUGGCUGGUAAUAACUUGCUAAAUAGAAACUGAAAUUGAAUCAAUACAUUAAUCUGUUCUAAAAUACAAAUGCAGCAUAAUGCAGAUACAAUUUGUAAAUACCCAUGGAAACCAAUUGUGUGAAGGAGAUAUACAGAAGCUACAGUUUAACUCAUCUUAUUGAUCCUAAAACACACACAAACCAUUCAUUACAGCCAAUCUCAUGACAUCAGUCAAGUCUCUAGGCAGAAGAAUUAUUUGAUGUCUUCUGAGAACUCACCUUGGCAUGUUCAAUACAUGUAUCUGCUAACUAUCUGCAUAUAGUUCAUAUGCAUUAAAAAUUCCAAUAUGUCUACCUCUUAACUGGUGAAUAACUUGAUCGUAUAAUGAUUGAUAUUCUUUGCGUUUGUGAACAUUAUUAAUAAUUUAAAUAAAAUAUUUAUUUAAAU